GCUUGCUUAUAUACUUAGGGGACAUCUGGAGCUCCCUUUAGGGUCCAGUUCUUUAAAAACCAGCUGAAGGCAGCAGCUCUUUUUUCUGCACGACUCGCUCUCAUUCAGAUAGCUUGCCUUUUUGUAUAUGGACUUCACUGUAUAGAGAGAAAAGGGAGAGAGUGGAUGGCAAGAAUGGUGAAGAUGCAGUUGGUGUGCGCGAUGCUGCUGGCGUCCGCUUCCUGGAGCCUGGGCUCAGAUUCAGAAGAGGAAAUGAAAGCCCUAGAAGCUGAUUUAUUGACCAAUAUCUAUACAUCAAAGAUAAACAAAGCAAAAUCACCCCAGUGGAAACUAAUACUUUGGAAUAUUUGUGACUUCAUAAGCAACCUGAACAAUCCAGAAGAAGAAACAGGUGACCCUGAGGAAGAUUUUAUGAUGAGAAGACAAUUUGCUUCUACUUCUGAGAGCUUCACUUUGGAAGCAAUGUUGACACUGUAUCAGCUUCAAAAAGUCUGUCAUACCAGAAACUUUCAGCAGUGGGAGUUGCUCCAACAAGAUAUUUACGAUCCAGAGAAUGCAAGUCAAGAUAAAGAUCUGAUGAAGAGAAAAACUCCAUACAUUCUGAAACGACAAUUACAUGCUAACAAAGCCCGACGGCCAUACAUCUUGAAGAGGAGUUCAUAUUACUGA